UAUAUAAGUUUUCUUAAGAUUAAGAUGGUGUUGGUUACAUAUGCACAGCUACCUAUGUUGGGUGGUUGCUUAACCUUGAAUUUUUAACUAAAAUCAGCGUUGGAUUUGUUUUCGACUUUUUAGACACUUGGCAGUGUCGUGCUUUAGACUGCAAAGGAGAUGCGGCUAUCAUGGAAGCUGCUUUGAAAGCUCAUAACUCUCGAAGUAUUGGAGCCAGUAUUGAUAUCAAAGGAAAUCUGCAACACGAGCUUUGUUCAAAAUUCCAAAGAGAGAAGAUUAAGAUGGUGUUGGUUACAUAUGCAUUCACAGCUAUCUAUGUUGGGUGGUUGCUUACACUUGAAUUUUUAACUAAAAUCAGCGUUGGAUUUGUUUUCGACUUUUUAGACUGCAAAGGAGAUGCGGCUGUCAUGGAAGCUGCUUUGAAAGCUCAUAACUCUCGAAGAGAGCUGCUUGCAUCUGGAAAUGUAACGACGGACAAAGGUAAUAUGCCAUCAGGUGCGGACAUUUACAAAUUGAAUUACAAAUGCUAUGUUGAAAAUGAGGCACGUAAAGGAGUCCAGAAUUGCAAAGAAGGAGAAUCCAAUAGAUUUCUUGGAGAAGAGAACAGCUUGUGGGUACCCAUCUUCGGAGUACGCACCCCAGCUGAGGCAGUUGAAUAUGCGGCUAACCAUUGGUGGAGCAGGGUGGCAUCAGCUGACCCAACAGACCUUAGAAUCACAUCUGGGUGGCUCACACCACCUCUGCGUUCAUUCACUUUGAUGGGCUAUGGAUACAACGACCAAAUAGGCUGCGCCGUUAAGGAGUGCGGCGAAUUUUACUUUGUAAAAUGCCGCUACAAACCAGAGUAA